AUGCGACACGAGAUUCGAGCUCUCGCUUGGGUGUGUGUGCGUGCGUGUGUGUGUGCUGCACCUCCGCAACAAGAGGCUCAGGUGCUGCGCUUCGAUUCCGAUGUGCAGCCGGAGGGCUAUAAGUUUGCCGUGGAGACGAGCGACGGCAAGACACAUCAGGAGGAGGGCCAGCUGAAGAACGUGGGCACCGAGCACGAGGCAAUUGCGGUGCAUGGCGUCUACUCCUAUGUUGGCGAUGAUGGCCAGACCUAUACGCUCAACUAUGUGGCCGAUGAGAACGGCUUCCAGCCACAGGGUGACCAUCUGCCGCGCGCCGUUCAAUAA